GACUGCGCAUGCGUAUCCAGACGUGGCAACGGGCAUCAUGGCCUCUUGGAACCGCCGCGGGAGUCGGGUGAGGGAGAACAUGUCGGCGCUGCUGCUGCUGCUGCUGGUGUGCCUGCUGCCCCUGCUCCAGACCCUCAAGGUGUCCCCCCUCAUUGAGAAGGUGAGCGACCACAAAGACUUCAGGAAGCUCCUCCGGACCAGAACCAACGUCCUGGUGCUGUUCACCAGCGCAGCUCCGUCGGGGGACUCCCACCUGAAGCUGCUGUCAGACGUGGCCCAGACGCUGAAGGGCCAGGGGACCAUCGCCUGGGUCAACUGUGGGGACUCUGAGGGCCGUAAGCUCUGUAAGAAGCUGAAGGUGAACCCGAGCUCCAAACCCGGAGGAGCCGAGCUGCUGCAUUACAAAGACGGGACGUUCCACACGGAGUACAGCCGGCCGGCCACCUUCAAGUCUAUGGUGGCGUUUCUGAAGGACCCAUCGGGACCCCCGCUGUGGGAGGAGAACCCUGAGGCCAAAGACAUCGUCCACAUAGAGACAGAAAAGGACUUCAGGAAGCUGCUGAAGAAAGAGGAGAGGCCGGUCCUCCUGAUGUUCUACGCUCCCUGGUGUGGUGUUUGUAAGAGAAUGCAGCCCAUCUUUCAGCAGGCGGCCACCGAGACCAAAGGGAGAUACGUGCUGGCGGGGAUGAACGUGCACCCGUCUGAGUUUGACGGACUCAAGCAGGAGUUCGACGUCAAAGGAUACCCGACCUUCUGCUUCUUUGAGAAGGGGAAGUUCCUCCACCACUACGAGAACUACGGAGGCUCCGCCAAAGACAUCGCCGACUGGAUGAAGAACCCUCAGCCCCCCCAGGCGAAGGCCCCUGAGGUCCCGUGGGCGGAGUCUGACUCCCCGGUCUACCACCUGACCGACGAGUCCUUCCACGGCUUCCUGGAGGAACAUCCUGCGGCCCUCAUCAUGUUCUACGCCCCCUGGUGUGGACACUGUAAGAAGAUGAAGCCGGAGUACGACGAGGCUGCAGAGGUCCUCAACAAGGGCUCCAACAGUCCGGGGGUCCUGGCGGCGGUGGACUCCACUGUGCACAAGGCGGCCGGCGAGCGCUUCAAGAUCUCCGGCUUCCCGACGGUGAAGUACUUCCUGAGAGGAGAAGACACCUUCACGCUGCCGCAGCUGAGGAGCAGGGACAAGAUCAUCGAGUUCAUGCACAGUCAUGCCCACUGGUGUCCUCACUGUAAGUCAGCUGUUCCUCACUUCACUGCAGCAGCAGAACUCUUCAGAGAGGACCGCAAGGUCCAGUACUCGGCGGUGGACUGCACCCGAGGCCAGAACCAGGACCUGUGUAAGCAGGAGUCGGUGGAGGGUUACCCGACCUUCAACCACUACAACUACGGCAAGCUGGUGGGGACAUACCACGGAGACCGAGGGGAGGCCGGCUUCAUCGGCUUCAUGCGUAGUCUGCGCGGUCGCGACCAGGAGAAGGUGGUGAAGAAGAAGGAGGAGUUCUGAGGCGCUGCACUGUGACCUUUAACCCUGGGGUGCCACCUGGUUACCUUUGACCCCAGCUGACACCCGGUGACCUUUGACCCUGGGGUGCCACCUGGUUACCUUUGACCCCGGCUGACACCUGGUGACCUUUGACCCUGGCUGGUGACCUUUGACUCCGGCUGACACCUGGUGACCUUUGACUCCGGCUGACACCUGGUGACCUUUGACCCCGGCUGCUGCCUGGUGACCUCAGAGCUUUUUAUUUUUUUAUUUGAACGAGGCCGACGGAGAACCUGAGAGAUGGGAGGAGACAGGAAGUGAUUAUUUUGUCUCCGCCCCUAAAAACACUGUGACCACGAUGACGCGUGUGAAGCUUUAUCUAUGCAACGAGGGGGGGCACCGUGGGGGGGGGGGCCUCAACGGUUAAAGGGGGAGGCGGCUUCACGACCACAAAAUGAUCCGUUGUCCUCAUCAAGGGUUCUGAAGGUUGUAGAUGGGGGGGGGGGUGAACUGGCCUCCAGGUGUGUGAGGUGUUUUCCCGGUGGUCAGAAACAGAAACGCAGUCUUGAUGCAUUCCAGCCAAAUGUCCCACAAUGCACCUCUGCCCCCCCCCCCCCCUUUGAAGGUUCUCAGGGAAGCGAAACACAAUGAAGAGUUUUUCAUUCCAGAAACUUGUGAGUUUGUUUACAUCAGUUUGUUGUUCCACAACGUCUACAGAACAAAAACAUCAACAACUAGAACGGGCACUCGGUAGAGCGCAUACCUUCGCAUAUCACAAGAUUGGGCAUUGAAUUAUGAACAUUUUGGCAUUAGUUGCAUGCCAAUUGGACAAAAAUGUAUCGUGCUAUGGUAAAAAAAAAGAUGUUGACCUUUCCAUGACCUUGACCCGAUUGAUCCCAAAAUCUAAUCAAAUGGUCCCCGGAUAAUAACCAAUCAUCCCACCAAAUUUCAUGCGAUUCGGUUCAAUACAAAUAAAUAAAGAAAUACACGGCGAUCAAAACAUUACCUUCCGCAUUUUCAAUGCGAAGGUAAUAAACAACAACAAAGACACGCUUCAUGAGGUCAACAACAACAACCAAAGAUCAGACGGAGAUGUUGAAUAUCAAACACAUGCAGGAUAAAGACCACAAACAACACUAAAGUAACCAAACACUCUGGUUCCUCCCUUCACAAUAAGAGCCCAUGACAUAAUAUUCACCUGGUUCCUCCCUUCACAAUAAAAGCCCAUGACAUAAUAUUCACCUGGUUCCUCCCUUCACAAUAAGAGCCCAUGACAUAAUAUUCACCUGGUUCCUCCCUUCACAAUAAGAGCCCAUGACAUAAUAUUCACAUGGUUCCUCCCUUCACAAUAAGAGCCCAUGACAUAAUAUUCACCUGGUUCCUCCCUUCACAAUAAGAGCCCAUGACAUAAUAUUCACAUCCUGCAGUGUAGAAAUGUUUCUAGAUUUCUGUCCAUCGUUUGUUUUGUUUUAUCUUUUUGAUGCUGAAUGAUUAAAAAUGGAAUAAAUCAACAAUGAAAACAU